CGACGACGACGGCAAAGUUCCUGCUAGGAUCAUGUUUCACACGUCUGCCGCAUACUCCGACAUGACGGCAGCUGUGGUGGCAACUGGCAACACGGGCUCCUACCAUCAGUCGGCAGCGGCUGCCGCGGCCGCAGCCGCCAACGCACCCGUUUAUGUGCCGUCAAGCCGCGCCCUGCCCCACACCCAGUACGGUGCACAUUCGGCCAACUUUUCCACACAAAAUGGCUGGCCGGCGGACGGAUUUGGCACAACGCACACGCAGCUUCCACCCCAGUUCUAUGCGCAGAACGUGAUGAUGGGUUCCUGGCGCGCCUACGACCCGACCGGCUUCCAACGUACCUCGCCAUAUGACAGCGCAAUGGAUUUCCAAUUCGGCGAGGGAAGAGAAUGUGUGAAUUGUGGGGCCAUUUCAACACCGCUCUGGCGUCGGGACGGCACCGGCCACUAUCUCUGCAAUGCAUGCGGGCUCUAUCACAAGAUGAACGGUAUGAACCGUCCGUUGAUAAAGCCCAGCAAGAGACUGGUGAGUCAGACCGCCACGCGACGAUUGGGACUGUGCUGCACAAACUGUGGAACGCGCACGACGACCCUGUGGCGGCGCAAUAACGACGGUGAGCCCGUGUGUAAUGCCUGCGGAUUAUACUUCAAGCUGCACGGAGUCAACAGGCCGCUGGCAAUGCGCAAGGAUGGCAUCCAGACGCGUAAGCGCAAGCCGAAGAAAACGGGAGGUUCCGGUUCGGCGGACGUGAUGGCUUUGGUCGGUGGCAAAAAGGAUGAUGGAAUUGGUGACGGUUUGCUACAAACCGAUCGAAAUGGCAACUCGAAGAAUCUUUCCGGCAGUCCAAAGUCUCAAAACCUUUCGUCGCCUGCAAUUCGCUCCCUGCACAUUUCACCCCACCACGGACAAUCCUACAAUCUGCCAUCGUCUCUAGGCUCGUCGCAUCAUGGUGGAGGUGGAUCGCUAGGAUCUCUGGUAGGAAAGUACGAUCUGUCGGCUCUCUCGCCACCCGGUUCGCUUGGAGGAGUUGUUCCAGGAAGCAUCUCGAGCGUCGUUUCAUCCUCGGCAUCCCACCAGCAACACACAGGACUCAACGCGUCCCACAUCUACACCACGCCGAGCUCGAACUCGCUUUCGACACAGCACAGUCAUUCGCCAGUGAAUGGCUAUAGUCAUACGGCUGGAGGUUCGACCAUCGGUGGCAACAAUGGUAGCGGCGGAGGUGGUGCUGGUUCUAACGCUUCCGGUUCAUCGAAUCUGGGUGGGCUCAGUAACAAUCCCACGGGCAACAGUCCAUUCGGACAGAUUAAAUCGGAAUCGAAUCCAUUGGGUGCGUCCACCACACCAACGUCUUCCGUACCGUCCAGCAAUGGGUACGGCGACUACAUGAACAAUUGCCUACAGAGCGGAUACUUUGGGGGUGGUUUCAGUUCGUUGCACUCCCAUCACAGUCCACACCACGUGUCACCCGGUGUGGGAGGCUCGGUAAAUGGAGCGUCGCUGUCCCAUUCGCAUCACGCACACCCGCAUCACCAUCACCACCAUCAUCAUCAUCAUCCAACGGCGGCGGAUCUAGCCGGGUACCAUCAUCAGCACAACGUCAUUCAGGCGGCAAAGUUGAUGGCCUCUUCCUAA